AUGUUGAGAUCAGCCGUAGGUAAGAGAAUGUUUGCAUCUGUAGCGGCUGCUGAGAAAGUGCUGCCUAAGAAAUAUGGUGGCAGAUUCGUAGUCACGUUGAUACCCGGUGAUGGUGUUGGUAAAGAGGUUACAGACUCUGUGGUGUCAAUCUUUGAGGCUGAGAAUUUGCCUAUUGACUGGGACCGUGUGGAUAUCUCCGGUUUGGACCACGAGGAAGGUGUUCAGGCCGCUGUGGACUCUUUGAAACGUAACAAGAUCGGUUUGAAAGGUAUCUGGCACACUUCUGCCGCUGAUCAAGCUGGCAAGGGUUCUCUGAAUGUGGCUUUGAGAAAAGAACUGGAUAUUUACGCCAAUGUUGCUCUUUUCAAGUCUGUUCCAGGUGUUAAGACUAAGAUCCCAAAUGUGGAUCUAGUGGUUAUCAGAGAAAACACCGAAGGUGAAUACUCUGGUCUAGAGCACGAAUCUGUGCCCGGCGUUGUUGAGUCCUUGAAGAUUAUGACUGAGGAUAAGACUGAGAGAAUCGCUCGUUUUGCGUUCGAUUUUGCUAAGAAAUACAACAGACACGCAGUUACAGCUGUUCACAAGGCCAACAUUAUGAAAUUGGGUGAUGGUCUUUUCAGAAAUGUUGUUACUAGAGUCGGUGAACAGGAAUACCCAGAUGUUAAGGUUGGUUCCAUCAUCGUUGAUAACGCUUCGAUGCAAACGGUCGCCAAACCACACCAAUUCGAUGUUCUAGUUACUCCUUCCAUGUACGGUACCAUUUUAGGUAAUAUCGGUGCUGCUUUGAUUGGUGGCCCUGGUUUGGUCGCUGGUGCUAACUACGGUAGAGAGUACGCUGUUUUCGAGCCAGGUUCCAGACACGUUGGUUUGGAUAUCAAGGACAAGAACAUUGCUAACCCAACUGCUAUGAUUUUGUCGGCAUCUUUGAUGUUGGAUCACUUGGGUCUAAGCACUUCUGCUACCAAGAUCUCAAAUGCCGUUCAUCAAGUCAUCGCCGAGGGUAAAUCUACUACUCCUGAUAUUGGUGGUUCUGCUUCCACCACGGAAUUUACUCAAGCUGUCAUUGAGAAAUUGGCAUCUUUGUGA